CCGAUUCCAGAAUCGUCGCUUCUGCCACCGGAUUCUGGGGGUGUUGUCUUAACCUGCGCGACCCGACUCUGGUGAUUCCCACUUUCCAAACGACCCAACAUGCGUUUGGAGGACAACGUGGUGGCCGUCGCAGGCGCCGCUAUGGCGGUGCACGCCAUCUUCAAUCGCUUCGAAUGUGAGAAAGCAUGGCCGCUGUCGGCGUUGCUGCUCGGCGUCCCAGUCACCACUGGCCUUGCGUUGAAGUACGCUGGUAUCGCCCUCGCAUGGCCCCUACUGUUUCUUGAGUUCUACGGAGUCCUCGGCGCGUCGGUACUACUUUAUCGUGUCUCGCCGUUCCACCCUUUGGCGCGGUACCCCGGACCGAUUCUGAACAAACUCAGCAAAUUCUGGAUGAUGCACAUCACGUCUCAAGGCAAACAGCACUUCUUCUAUCAACAUAUGCAUAGGCAGUUUGGCACUUGGGUCCGGACCGGCCCCAACGAAUUAUCCAUCUGCGACGUCGAUGCCAUCCAACCUAUCUUGGGCACCACCGGUUUACCUAAGGGUCCUCUUUGGGAUGGGCGUGUCCCUCCCGGCGCCACCACUAGCUUGAUUGGAGAACGCAACCCCGCUGAACAUUCACGUCGCCGCAAGCCCUGGAACCGCGGGUUCAGCUCGGCGUCGCUGAAGGGCUAUGAAGAGAUUCUUGAAAGCCGAGCUCUUCAGCUCAUUGAUGGUUUGCGAAAGCAGAACAACCCUGUCAAUCUCGCUCGGUGGAUAAGCUACUUCUCAUUCGAUCUCAUGGGUGACAUGGCGUUCGGUGGCGGCUUCGAGAUGAUGAGGGACGGUGACCAGGGCAAUAUUCUGCACCUGAUCGAGAAGGGCACCCAGUCUACGUCUAUGACUGGUCACGUUCCGUGGCUGUUCCGCUACCUUGCCAAACUUCCCAAGUUCGGAAACUCCAAGUUCAGAGAUUUCGCGAUCAAUCGCGCCGACCUGCGUCGCAAGCAAGGUUCGCUCCGGAAGGACUUGUUCCAUUAUAUCUUCGAUGAGGCUGGCGUUGAACCCCACCCGCCGAUUCUCGAGGAGGCUCUCAGUGACGGUAUUCUAGCCAUAGCGGCCGGGAGCGACACGACUUCCCAUGUGAUGUCGAACAUAUUUUGGUUCCUCUUACGGCACCCAUCAUGCUACGAGCGUCUGCAAGCGGAAAUCGAUGCCGCGUUCCCUCGUGGAACACCGGCAACAGAUGUUGCUAAACAAAGCGAGCUGCCAUAUCUCGAAGCCGUUAUCAACGAAACUCUCCGCUUGCAGCCACCGGUACCUAGUGGCGCGCAGCGCAGUACGCAGUACACUGACGGCAAGAUGGCGGGAACCCACUGGAUUCCCAAGGGAACGCAGGUCCAAAUCAAUACCUACUCGAUCCAACGUGACCCUCGCUAUUUCUGGCCAGCUCCCGAAGGCUUCUGGCCCGACCGCUGGCUGGACCACGCGCAGCGAAAAUCGAACGAGGUCGUGGAGUACAAGGACCCCAACUCGAUCAUUCUCGAAACUAGAGCCUUCAUCCCGUUCUCGUUCGGACCUGCUAUGUGCGUCGCAAAGAAAUUCGCCACGAUGGAGAUGAAGAUGGUUGUCUGCCUCGUUUUGCAUACCUUCCAACUCCGCUUCGCCGAUGGUUGGAACGCGAAUGAAUGGGAGGAGAAAAUCGGAGACUACUUCACGGCUACGCGCGGCCCGAUGCCGGUCGUUCUGACGCCAAGGGCUUAGGCUACGGGAGUUUUAACCGUGUGUUGUUUACGCAGCGUAGCUAUCAUUGUUUCUUAUUCAUUUGUUCUGGCUCGUCCUCCUUUCGUUUGACGCUGGCUUGGGGCUUGGCGGUGGCGCGUGUCAGGCAUUGUUUGUAGUGGCCAUCGAGGUAAAGAUCACGGCUUCCCUCGACGCCGUCUGAGCCCCAGAAUAUU